AUGGGUUAUGUCCGGAGUGGAAAGCACGGAUACUCAACAUUUCACCUCAACGCUUUUAGGCUAGGCUACAAUGAACACUUUUUGUUCACCGGUGACUCCUACCAAGCUUCUUAG